GGAACGUCUACAAGACAACUUCCGGUCUAAUGGAGCACAAGAUUUGAAUUUGCUAAGCGUCUGCUGCCACUGUCUAUUAUUUACAACAACGGAAGCACAUUUGAGCAGAGGACACAAUGAACAAAGAAACCCGCAACUUAUUUGAAAGAAUCGCUAAAAAGAUGGGAUGGGAUGAUGAGGGAGGACUGGACACAGCAGAGAAAAAGCUGAUAAGCUCGAUUGGCAAAACUCGUCAUGGUGCCACAAGCAGUCAUCAUUCUGUGGAUCAGUCAGCCCCUCUUGUCCAGCUUGCCCUCUCCGACAGUGAAGAUGAUCCAGAGAAGGAGAACAAGUGCUCCAAAGGCAACGACUACAGAAACAAAUCUUUGAUUGAGUCCAGCGAUGAUGACUUUGACCAAUUUCUUGUGGGCAGAGCUACACCGAAAGCUAAACCUACCACGCUGAAACCAUGCAGUGCUGCAAAGAAAGACAGAUCAAAUGUUCUUGUGAGUUCAGACGAUGAUGAUGGUUUUGAGACAUUCCUGCAACGAGUGAAAACCCCGAAUGUCAAGCAUAAAAAAUCAGAGAGUGGGAGUGAAGAUAGCCUCAAAAACUUCAUAGUGGAUGACUGCUCAUCAGAUGAUGACUUUAUCGAUUCAAAAUCAUCUUUUAAAGUGCCCAAGAAGGGCAAUACUCCAGCAGCCAAGCAUCCACUGAGGAGACCUCUGUCUCAGUGUGACUCCCCAGUCUUUAUAAGUGACAGCGAUGAUGAUGAUAAUAUUGUGGUUAAGAGCACUUGGAGGACUCGUCACUUGAAACCUAAGUCCCCUCAAAAAGCCAACACAAAGACUGCUCUGCGGUGUGAUGAAGAAGAAAGCUCACCAUUGCUGCCGCUGCCUCCCGCCCCCUCUCCUUUUUCUCUGCUUCCCCACAAAACUCAAAAAUCACUGGCCUCUCCAAGACGAACUCUUUCAGCGCCUUCUAAGCUGGAUGAGUCAGCCAGCUCUGAGGAAGAGUUCACAUCCCUGCUGGAGAGACUGAAAAAGAAAAACAAGUUCACUGGCACUUCAUUCUCACCUAGGAGCACCCACGAAUGCAAUAAGGAGCCUCCUGCACCAGCUCCUCCUGUGAAGGGACUCACAACACCAGCCUCUAAAUCAUUCAGGGACACACCUCUUCAUGUGAAAACACAAGGACGAUCCACCAUUUUGAAAUCCACAGUCAGCCAGACAGAGCCCAGACACGGCCCCAUCAGCAGGGUAUCAUUGUGUAAGACCCCAGGGUGCUUCCUGCAGUCCUUAUCAAACCCUGGCUCCAACUAUGGUCGCAAUUUUAAGCAGAACAAGGAAGAACUCACCAGUAGACUUUACCAGCUGUACAAUACCAGUGUGUUUGACAGUAAGCUCCCUGUCGAUAUGUCAGUGACUUGGAAUAAGAAGAUGCGGAAAACAGCCGGUUACUGUGUUACGGGGCAGGAGCGAGGUGGAGGGAGCCGCUACGCCCGCAUUGAGCUGUCGGAGAAAGUCUGUGAUUCUGCAGAUCGUCUCAGGGACACACUGAUUCAUGAGAUGUGUCACGCCGCAACCUGGCUGAUUAAUGGCGUGAGGGAUGGGCACGGAAACUUCUGGAAGCUGUAUGCUCGCAAGUCCACAGUGGCACAUCCUGAGCUGCCCAUGGUGACUCGCUGCCACAGCUAUGACAUCAAGUACAAAUUCCAGUACCAGUGCACCCGCUGCCAGAAUACGAUUGGACGCCACUCCAAGUCACUGGACACACAGAGGUUCGUGUGCGCCCUCUGCACAGGACAGCUCGUCUUACUGACACCUGGAAAGCCGCGUGCUCCCACACCGUUUGCCAACUUUGUUAAAGAAAAUUACGGGACUGUACGGCAGGAGCUUUCAGGACAAAGCCAUGCAGAAGUGAUGCGUAAACUUAGUGCAGACUUUGCCUCCAAGACGAAACUAAGUCAAAGCUGAAACUUUGAUGCUCGCUGUACUUACAGCCAGAGACUGAGCUGGACAACUUCAGGAAACCUGUUCAAAUGCUAAUAUACCUCAGUCAACUAGUCUUAGUGAGCAGCUAUGUGAAUCUAUUUUUAUGUUUGUCAUAUCAUUUCUGUUAUAAUCAGCCUGUGAUUAUAGACUGGAACUGCUGGAACUGAAAAAACUGAGCCUAAACAUGGAGUUCACACUCCUGAGUCUGUCUGUGUGUGUAGAUGAGGCAUUGUCAAACAAUAAUUUUCACACCACCUGUUUCCCUGUUAUCUAUUAAGAUACUGAGGAAACAUUUCUUAAGGGAUUGGCAUUGAUUAGAUCUGUAUUUUUUUAAAUAUUUGACUUGAUUUAUC